UGGGGUUCAUUAAAUCGCCCCUAUAUAUAAGCUCACCGGCGCUUUUUCAUUUAACCGCCUUUGAAAUGUGUCCGCUGCGGCCGGGGAUGGAGCCCGAUACCUGGAGGUAAUGACCGCAUCAUCACAGCCACUAAACCGCCAUAGUGGGUGACAGAAAGUGAACAAAGUAUUUAAAGAGCGUUGGUGCGAGAAAAUUACGAUGAUGCAUCAUUCGAAAAUUCAACAUUAGGGCGCCUUGAAUUCGAUUCAAGAAUUGCACAUAAAAUCAAUGAUGGAAAUAAACAUCCGUGAAUGUUUGGCAGCAAAUACUGUAGCAGUGGUCUUAAAGAAAACAAAAAAGAAAAAAAGAACUGAUGACCUCAUUAUUGGCCGAAACGCUUGAAGUGCCUGAAACAAUCUUUUUACAGAUAUUGCCAAGACUAAACAAAUGAAUACUCCUGUUCAUAAGCUUGGCUUGCAGUCAGUAAAGGUCACAUAGAAAUAAAAAUAAAUGAGAGAAGCAGAUAAGGUGGCGUUAGGAGGGGGUUAAUUGUCAGGUUUGUCUUUUCGUUUUAGCGAUGACAUUCACUUAAUGUAUGUGUGCAAAGAACGACACUAAUAUAAGCUUUCUCUGAUACGCACCGAUCAUUCGACGAGGAAGCGCUGCAUCGUUGAGAUGUACUUGUUAAAAGCAUAUAUUAUUAUUGGAGCAGCAUCACUAUGUGUGAAAGUGAACGCCGAGGUUCAAACUGCCAAAGAAGGGGAGGUUACCAUCUGUGCAGGCCUCCGUAUUGUAGAGGUAUUCAACACAACUGAGAAAUUAUGGUUGUAUCAGCAAAAUUACUCGAACGAAGAUGACUUGUCAGAUUACGGGAUUAUAAACACAACCCUUAAACAAGAAUGUACAUUUUUCAAACAGUAUAAUAUUACCCAGGACGACUACUACUUCUGGCGAAACUCCAACAUAGCGAACCAGUGGGUUAGCAGCCGCUACCACGGUAGAUUUUUUUCAGAUGGCGGAAGUGAACUUGGCUCCAUGAAUGUUUCUGACCUUUCAGAAAACGAUGCAACCUCAUUUGAAAUCAUGAAGCUCAUGUAUGAAGAAAAAAAUUGCAGCGUGUUCUCGGUAACAUUUCUGGAUGAUGACGGUGAGACAGGGUGUGAACUCUACGUCCAAAACAAGGCAAUAUCGCACGGGCCAUCAGAAAACUGUACAGAAUAUUACGAGAAGCACUGUAACACAACGUUUCUUGUGUACCAUUCAGGGUGUCAAAAUGCAACGAUAAUGUCGUAGAAGGAGCACUGAAAUCAAAGAAAAAAUAAUGUGACUCAUAAAGAACACCCUCACGCGCUUUCCUAAAUAAAGCACAUUAACUCGGCAA